AGUGUAGGUAGUUAUAGAAGUUCACAACGUGAGCUACAGUAUGACCAAUCCCGAUAGGCUUAUUUAUCAAAGGCACUAAUUAUUCAUUUCAAUCAUUUAUGCUGUGGUAUUUUGGUGUGAGUAGUACACAAGACCGAUUGUGAUUCGAUUAGAUUUCUUUAAGUGACAAUCACCAGUAUGGGGUCUGGGUCAAGUAAAGGAAAAACUACAACGAAAAAUCCUGACCCUAAAUCGCCGGCGAAAGGACCAAACAAGGACACCAAUACAAAUAAUUCACCAAAACAUAAAGAAAGUGCUAAAAAGGAUACCCCGGUGAAAAAUAAUUCAGUAAUAAAUGGAGAAAACACCCCGAAAAAAGCAAAGGUUUCUAAAAAUAAUCACUGGGACUCCGAUUCGGAUUUAGAAAAGGAUUUAGACGCGUUUAUUAAAGAGACUGUGACGUCGUCUGCAGCUGCUGUGACGUCAAAUAAUGAUGAAGGUUCUGCUAGACCACGUACAUCGCACGGUCGUUCAGCACGCGCACAACAGAACAUUUAUCCGGAGACGUACGCACAGAAACAUACACGUGAAAAUUAUACCGUUGACCGAGAAAUGUUAAUACGACAAAAAACAAUUUACAGAAACCCUAAUGAUUGGGAUAGCGAUGGGGAUGAAGAAGAGAUGAGUAAUAAUAAUCAUGGUUUUGAUGCUUCUAAAUUUAGACAAGCCAAUCAGCACAAGAAACCACCGGACCCUCAUGCUGAUCCUGUGUCAAGUACAGCGCAAGAGUUCGAGACACCACGUUACCUAAAAUCACAAGAUGAGAGUUAUGGUAUUUAUCAGAAAGAUUUACAAAAAGAUUUACAAAAAGAAACUAUCAACAGAAAGAUGAGCCGUCUCCCCUCAUAUGAUAUGGAUGAACAGAGAUUCCUGGCUGAACUAGAGAAUGAGUUAUAACCAAGGGAAGCUUCAUGUCAAAGCAACAAUGUCUGUUAAACUCUGAAAUGGGAUGUUAUUCUUUUGGACUCUUUAAUGAAAUUCAUGGCAUUAAUUACUGUGGUACUAACAUCUUGUGAAUUUUGUGACUCAGUCAUCCUGAUUAUAUUUUAUGGAGAUAUAUAUAUUCUGCAUCAUUGAUAUCAUGACAUGACCCAAUCUCUAUAUCAGCACUGACAAACUUAAGAGCAUUUUACUCUGGGUUUCCUCAAACUCCUCAACACCACUAACUAUUGGCAUAUCUCAUAGAUUUGAAAGUUAAUGCCUUGACUGGUUUGUCCUAAAUUUUGCACUCAAUUUAAUUUAAACACGCAGGAUGCAACUGUAUUUAACAUCUUUCUAAUCAUGUACCAAAGAUAGAAAUUCACAAUUAAUUUAUGGCUUAUCUUGAAACGGUACCUUUUCAUGAUUUAUCAUUGGCAAUUUAUAUCAGAUGUGUCAUGUCGAAACUACUAUUUGAACCACACUGUGAUUUGUAACCACGUGACAGAUUUUCUUAAAUAUUAUAUGUCCAACAUUUUUCCUGCAAUGUUAGUUUAACAUAUGAAAUAUACUAAUGUCCAAAACACCUUGAAAGCCAGACUAAACACGCCAUUUCAUUGGCUAAUCUCUUAUACCAUAAAAAAGAAUGUGGUCCAUAGCAAACAAAACAGUAUUUAUGUUUAAUUAGAUUGAUUAUAUGACAAUUGGGUGAAUGUUCUUUUUGUUUCCAAUUAAUUCAGAAAUUAACUGCAAGUUGUUAAAUUAGCUGUGAUAUUUAAACGAUAUGCAUAUACAGUAUUAUUUGUAGUACAUGUGAUUAGUUUCCUGGUUGGAGUAAAGAGUCCUCUUGUUGCCAGUUUCAUUAAAGCACACAAAAGACUACAUACAUAUAUACAUCAAUUUUAGUUUCUUCAAAACAGUCAGACCUGAUUAAAAGGUUGAUCUAUGUAUUCUUUAAGACAAGAAAUUAAUGAAAUCUGUGAUGGUCCAUGUUUAAAAGGGGAAGUCCCAUAUUACACAGGCCGAUACAACCUAUUUUAAAUAACAGAAAAUUUCAUAUCAAAAUAUUGAGCUGUUCUGAAAUGAUAGCUAGAUUUGCUUAACGGGUUAUGUUAGUAAUUUUUAGACUUUCUUUCUUCAAAUGUUUGAGUGGCUCAAUAAAUGCAACCAUACUAUCCACUCUACUGAAAGUUUGUAUUUCUUCAAAAAAGUAUCACAUAGCUCAAGAUGGAUGCCAAAGGCUAGGAUAAAAGUUUGCAAGAAGCACAUUAACAAGUGUUAUUUACUAAAAUAUACCUGAAACUUCUCCUUUAAAGCAUUAAUUUCUUGUUCUCAUUAAUUUCUUGUUUUACAGUAUAAUGUAUUUAUUGCAAUACUAUUCAUUUAAUGUUAUAUUUGUUUAUUGCAAUGAUAUUUAUUUAAUGUAAUAUUUAUUGCAAUGAUAUUUAUUUCAUAGUUUCAUUAUAAUUUAUAGAUUAAUUUAGAGAUACAUGUAUGUUAUUUUCUACUGUAGUAUUCUUGUACACUGUUAUGUUCAAGAAAUCGAUCUCUUUAAAAAUGACAUACCACUUGGUGUCAAUAUUUUUAUAUCAUCUUUGUAAAUAUAUUUCAUUCAUUUAUUGUAAAUAAAAUAUUAAUUUAUAACA